CCGGCGCGACCGAGCAGGUUGGCCGAAGGAGAGAAGUCAAGGCUGAGCGCAACGAACGAACCCCGAUGAUGUCAGACUGCCCAUGCACCGCUUGACUGAUGAGGUGGUUAGUAAGCCCGAUGAUUGCGGAAGCUGCACUCUUCCCAUUGCCAUGUGUCCUGGAACGACUGGUCAAGAUCAGAUAGGCCACGAAUACAGUCGCGGAGAGACCAGACAAACUCCAAGCCCCUACCCGAAAGACAGUAGAAUUGCCGGCACCCAUACCUGUGAAUUGAAUCAAGAGGGCAGAAGUGGUAAUCGGGCAGCCAUUCUCUCCAUGACUCGACAACAUGAUCUGGAGCCCAAUCCGCGCCAUCCACUACUCGCAGAGCAGGGAGACUACAUGACCGUCUGAGUUGGCGCCGUGGUCGGGAUCGCUCCAGAAGCAUUGCGAGCGCACCAGCAUCGUCCUGUGUAGCCUCCACAAGAGCCGCAAACAGGUCGUUCUGUUGUUGCCGGAUCUCUGUAAGAUCUAUGCCAGCCUCGCCGUA